AUGUCUGAGACUGCACCAUCCGCCCCAGCAGGUUCCACUGCUCCUGUAAAGCCUUCAGCUGGUAAGAAAACAAAGAAACCUGUUAAGGUUGUAGCACCCGCCAAGAAAAAUGCUGGUCCCUCCGUAUUGGAGCUGAUCAUGCAAGCUGUUUCCUCUUCUAAAGAGCGCAAUGGCGUGUCUCUGGCUGCUCUUAAGAAGGCGCUGGCGGCCGCUGGCUACGACGUGGAGAAGAACAACGGCCGCAUCAAGCUGGGCCUCAACAGCCUGGUAAACAAGGGCACCUUGGUGCAAACUAAGGGCACCGGUGCUUCUGGCUCUUUUAAGUUCAAUAAGAAAGUCUCUGUGGAAACUAAGCCCAACGCCUCAAAGGUGGCAGUGAAUGCUAAGGCAAUGGCUGCUUCUAAGAAGCCUAAAAAGGCCGCGGGGGCUACUGCUAUGAAACAUGCCAAGACUCCAAAGAAGCCUAAAAAGCCUGCUGUAACAAAGGCCUCCAAGAGCCCCAAGAAGUCCAAAGCAGUGAAGCCGAAGAAAGCUAAAAGCCCUGGUAAGGCUGUGAAGCCCAAAGCGGCCAAGGAGAAGAUGACAAAGCCAAAAACUGCUGCCAAACCCAAGAAGGCAACACCCAAGAAAAAGUAA